AUGAAUGACGAGAGAGAAUAUCCACCGUUAGAGUCAAGUUUGGCCCACUACGACGCACCGGACGACAAAAUCGAAUCUCCGCACGCUGCUCAAACGGUACAUAGUUCUCCGGACGAUAGAAAAAGUGAUUUUAGUGGGCCCCAACAACCUUCGACUGACAUUUAUUUGUACAAUCAAGCUCAAGAUGUGCAAUCAAGGAAUGCUGUCGAUAGUCCUCAUGUCAAUAUACCGGUGGAAUCUGGUCAUGGUAAUAUGUCACUAGCACGACAAUCUCUUCUGCCUUCAUCGGAAGCUGGAAAACUGGAAGUUUCAAUUCAGCCGGUGCAAUCACAGAAUCGAUCUGUUGACGGUCAUCAAGGUAAUCAUGGAGAGCUGCUUACUCAGGUUCCGCAUCAUACAAUUAUCGGCAAUACGGAAUUGGAACUUGAAAGCGACCGGGCAAAAGAAGCUGCUGGUGGUUCAAAUGUAGAAUCUGUGGAGCAACCGUUCUAUGUAAAUGCCAAGCAGUAUUAUCGGAUCCUGAAACGAAGGUAUGCGAGGGCAAAGUUGGAGGAAAAUUUGAAAAUCUCAAGAGAAAGAAGACCAUAUCUUCAUGAAUCGAGACAUAAACACGCCAUGAGAAGACCUCGGGGCCAAGGGGGGAGAUUUUUGACAGCCGCUGAAAUUGCUGAACUCAAAAACAGAGAUGAAGAGCAAUCGCGCGACGAUAUCAAGCGCCAACAGCUGAAAUCUGUUGUGGAUAAGAAAUUCAAUCCAGAAACGACAAAUGAAGCUGAAGAUUCUGAUUCUGCCAUUAAAAGAACAUAA